CGCGCCGCCCCGCCACGACUAGGCCGCGCCGCCUCCGCCCGCCCCGAGCAGGCCUCGCCCGCCGGCCGGCCGGUCAGGCAGUGUUUUUGGACGCGAGGCCCAGCUUGGCUGGCACAGUUCCCAUUGCAGCCACCCGGGGCAGAAAGAGCUGAAGAGGAGGAUGAAGGCUGUUUUGCGGGCCCCUCAGCGGGUGCUGCAGCUCACCCUGGCCAUUGUCAAGCCGGACGCUGUGGCUCACCCCCUCGUCCUUGAGGCUGUGCAUGAGACCAUCCUGAGCAACGGGUUCUUGAUCAUCCGCAGUAAGGAUCUGAUGUGGACCAGGCAGGACAGCCGGCGGUUCUACCGGGAGCACUCAGGGCGCUUUUUCUACCAGAGGUUGGUGGAGUUUAUGGCCAGCGGCCCCAUGCGGGCCUACAUCCUGGCCCACGAGGAAGCCAUCUCAUUCUGGAGGUCUCUGAUGGGCCCCACGAAAGUGUUCCGUGCUCAGCACACGGACCCGGACUCCAUCCGCGGGGCCUAUGGCCUCACUGACACCCGGAAUUCGGUGCAUGGCUCAGAUUCCGUGGCAUCAGCCAGGAGGGAGAUUGCGGCCUUCUUUCCAGAUUUCUGUGAGGAGCACUGGUACCAGCAUGAGGAACCGCACCUGCGUGGUGGGCCAGUUAGCUACGAUGUCAAGGCGGUGACUCACCAUGUGCCCAGAGAUGGACAGGCAGACGGCGAGGAGUUAAAGGCAUCUGAGGAGGACAGGACUCACGCCAAGAGGCCUGCACGGAGCCAGCAUCCUCUUCCCUCCAGCAAAUGAGCCUCAGCAAGAAAUUUGCUCCUAUAGAUUUAGGUCACCUGCCAGGCACAGAAGACUGCCACUGAAAACAGUUUAUUGCUUAUUGCUGGUUGGGUCAAAACACACAUAUUUGGGAAUGCAAAAGAAGUACAGAGAUCAGUUUCAUGAUGCCUUUCCACUCCUCUGCCCGUGCCAGAUGAGGCUGCACGCCUUCUGUGUGCAGUCCUCCCAGGGACCCACCGUCCCAGCAGUGCGUCCAGUGCAGGGCAGCAUCAGCGUGAUCAGAAUUUCAGAAAGGGGGGGCACUGGGACUGACCGUUGUCUGAAAGCCAUGGCUCCGGCCUGUGGAAAACCGUGAUCAGAGAGUUUCUCUGUAAUUUGUUCCGCCUUUUUUCAUCAGAUUUGUUAACCAGAGACCGGGAUCAUUUUCAGAACUGUUACGUCUGGCGUGGACCUUUCAUACCUGAACUGACUCCCGUGUGAGUGAAUCUCCCACCCGUGCUGAGUAAAGCUGUGCAAGGGUCCUCUGGGCCUCUGAAGCAAUGCCCGUGUUUGUACAAACGAAAAUGGGAUUGGCCUUGGGUGACCUACACCCAUUGUGUGAGAUUUCCUAACUUCUCUUUAAUGGAUAUUUUGAUCCAGAAACCGUGGUGAGGACUGGGUCUGCUGACAAGUCCAGAGCUGCUGCCUUCUGUGUGGGGUGGAAAGGAGGGGGGGCGUGUCACUGAGCGGGGAAUCCUUAGAUGCGCCCUUUUCACUUACAUCUUGGCCACGGCAGGUCGCUUGGGAGGAAGACACGAGAGCUGGAAUUAGGAUUUCAGAACCUGGGGGGAGUCCAGCUGCGCAAGGCCGUUAUCAGUCUAGCCCCAAAUUCGUGUGUUUUAGGGCAGCCAGUUGAGUGCUUCUCUUGGUCUUGUUCCACUCGUGUUUGUGGUGUAAGAGAUGAACAUUGCUUUCAGUGGGCUUCGUCCGGAGUGGGUUUGCUCAGUGAGCGACUUGGUCGUUCCACUUCAGUGGCAGAGGGCAAGGACAGAGAGCACGGAGGAAGCAGGGGGCCCCCGCCCCGCCCCCAGGGCUAUGCCAGUUCCCUCCCGUGCCAGAGACCAUAGAAACAAUUGCUUGUGGAGGGAGGCGCCUCUUUUCUUGGCAGAUGGUCUCUCUCCUGCACUUCUCUGGUCCUGGGGGGCUCUUAGCCUCCCUUGGCAAGGGAGGCUAAAUAUAAGGGGGAACAGUUUUUGUGGUUUCCAGGAAGGAUGUCAAAAGGGCAGUUGCACCAUGUUAUGGUUAGGAAGGAGGGGAAAGGUGACUUCCCUUGUUGGGAAUCCCCCUUAGAGCAGGCAUUCCCUGGAAAACAGCCUAGUGAUCAGCGGCCACCCCUCAGAUACCUCCUGUAACCUGAGAGUGCGUGCACCUCACGCACCCUUCCUUAAAGUCCAGACAGGUGUGUUCAGAGGGGGUAAAGAAGGCCUCUUUAUCACGGCCCUUUGUAUACCUGGGGAAAUAGCAUAUCCUAUAUCCAUGGGCUUGCUCCCAUGUUUGGGGGUCUCCUGUGCUUUUUCCUCUCUCAACACCUGCAAAGGCUCUUCUCCUGUUUGUCCGCUCAGGAUCUUUUCUCCCUGCUGUCUCGGCUCCCCGAGGUCCUUUUCCUGUCUCUCCUUCCAACUGGAAGUGAGCUGCACACUCUCAGUUUUGAUCACUGCUGAUUCAUUCAGCACAGCGACAGCUGCCAGAUUUGGAUCUUCCCCUUGAAAUGAAGAGAACUCCAAGUCCUGACCUGCCAACAUUUCCUGUUUCGUAACUAAAACCACAAAACAAAAAAGAAAAACGUGUGUGUGGCGCAUGGUAGUGUGCUGUGCUUCCCCCCAAAACUUUCAAAAUCAGCUUUCCGUUUCUUACUGAGGAUUUCUCAACAAAAAACCAACAAAGAAAAACGUGAUUUCUCCACCAAAAGCAACGGGGGGAAUCCCACACGGCUGCCAGUCAAAUUGUUACAGUUAGGAAGGGGGGGGGGACUUCUCCCUGCUUGGAAUUCCCUUAGACCAAGGUUUCCCUGGAAAGCAGCCUGGUACUUGGUUGCCACCACCCAGGGGACUCCUGAGAACAUCUAGACCGACCCCCUGAGAAAGGGCCCUCCCAGCUCAGUGCUAGCAAAAUAACUAAGUAACAGGGAGGAAACCCUGGAAAAUACCUUCUAGCAAACCAUGUUGUGAUUUGGUGGUGUGGCCUGUAGGGAAGAGACAGAGAAAUAUCCCAGAGAAAAUGUACUAAGAAAGCCGAUAAAUGUCUUUAUAGAAAAGUGGUUUAUUAUAGAAAAAAGGGGGGAAUGGUAGGUGGAUUCCAAAGGGUUGGAAAGGGAACAUGAUACAAAACCCAGGGAAGAGCACACUGACACACAGUGCACAGCCUCCCAAAUAAAAGCAACAAUGUUGGUCUAACUCAGCUAAGUACACUUUAUCUAGGUUGUAGCAGAUUCCUCAGAGCAUGUACAGAGUUCCUUCAGUAUCAAGAGAAUGGAGGGGUCUUGAAUCCCUGGCCCACUGGUCUUGAGGUCUCCCGAAGUUCCAAAGCUGGGACCUAAGAAAAGUCCACAGCUCCCAGGUAUUGAUUUAUGGGCAAUGGAGUCUGACCUAAGCCAGCACCCUUGGUGAGAUUCAUUAGUGUAUCUAACCAAUCUCAAGCAAAGCUCCAUCUCUGAUGUCAGAAACUAUUUCUACCAAUCAGAGACUUACUAUAGUAUGGUGCUGCCAUUUUAAUGGCUCUCCAUUUCCAUGGCAAAACGAGAAUCUGGCCCAAGCUGGUUGUCCUUUGUCAAAAAAGGAAUUUUGGUGAGGUAGCCCCAGUGUGGAAUGGAGGAUCAUGAACGCCCCCGUUUCCAUCAUGCGCCAUCUUCCUGUGACUGGCUCUUCUGCACGUAGGGUGGCUGUAGCAGUUCCAGAUGAACGCUUUCUUGCACAUCUGUGAAGAAGGGGCUUAAGCAAGACCUGACAUUUCCUAACCACUCGUGUUUCACCUUCCUCCUAACUGUCUUUGCAUAUUGCGUCAAGAAGCUCCUUUUAUUCUAACCAUUACUUGCGUAAGCCGUUUCCCUUCAUGGAGCAAGAGACCUUCAGAGGUCCCUUGGCAAGCCUGACCACA